AUGCCUCCACAUCUCCACCCACGGUCGCGCUCGACCAUGUCGCUCUUUACAACCACCCUCGCGGUCUCCUUCCUCGUAGUCGCGACACCCCAUCUCCUUCCGUGCCCCGUAGACCCGAGGACCCUCGCCGACUCUCCAGACCCUAAUGCUUUGUCCGGCCAGCCAAAGAGGAGGCGGAGGAGAGUUCCCAAGGAGGAGACGUGCAACGAUAUCAUGAGCGAGGAGCGGAGGAAAAUCAAGGAAGCGGAAGAGUGGGCGACGCCAAAGAGGGAGUGCCCGGUUCCCAAGCCUGGUGGGCUGAUCGGGCAGGUACUAGGGUUAAAGAAGGCAGAGGAAGAGGAGGAGCAGCCGUCCAUCACAACGCAGGUCCAGCGCGCGCGGCGGAAACCGACAUCGGCGGAUGGGGAGGGUCCAUAA